CGCCAUCUGAUCGGGUUAAUCCCAUCGUUGGUGCUUCCAUUGAGAGAUAUACUGUGAGAUAAGGCUGUGAGAUUAUGGCCGGACGAAGGACGAGACGUAACCCUGCUGCUUCCGCCCAAUCGACGGUAAGGAGUGACAACCCAGAACAGGGUAUGAUAGUUCCUGUCAAUGGGUUGGAAACGGCACUAAAUAAUGUGGCCAACAUGAUGGCUAACAUUAUGGAGCGAUUGGAUAAAGCUCUUCCGGGUCCAUCCGGUACCCGGGACAUCCCUACUGGGCAACCUCGCCAGGUCCUGCGUACUGCGAGUUCUCCUAUCCUCCAGGAGCUCCAUGAUCCGGAGGAGGUUGAAAGGGAGAGGCAAGCCAUUGACAGACGCCGGGCGGAGGAGUUGGCCCGGAAUAACAAGGUGAAUGAAGGCCGGGCUAAGGAUGCAAGCCGGAUCAUCUGUGAUGGUAACGAAAACCCGCGGGGAUCUGUCUUUGAAAGGAUAUCUCGCCAGAAAGCUCACGUUAGUGAGAGGCUGGGGAAGAAUCCGGAAAAGGCAACCCAGGGUUGGAUACGACCCCAGGCAAGCCAGGUGGCAUCAUCUAAUCGUGAACCACGGCAGCGAAAUGGCCGUGGUGCGAGCCAAGUGCUGGUCUGGUCAUUGAGGAAUCUGGAGGAGGACGAGGUUCAAAGCCAAGCCGGGGUCCCGGCACCACGGCGUUUGGGACCGCCGAUGCCGGAAGCCGGUGAGUUCCAGGAUCUGAGGCAGCAGAUCCAGGAAAUGCAGAAGAAGAUUAACAAGGGUCGAGUAUUCACUACCCUUGACAGCAAGGUCGCGGAUUGGGUCAACCAUGUCCCUGCCGGAUCCAUCCGGACGUGGGAUGAAUUGGGACUACGGUUCUUAGAGCAUUUCGCCGGGAACUGCCGUCCCAAGAAGCAUUUCACUCACUUGGCUUCAGUACGGCAGAAGCAUGGAGAAUCCUUGAAGAAUUUCCUUAUCCGAUGGAGGAAAGAGUCCAGGGAGGUUGAAGGAACCGAUGAUAAAUCCAGGUUGGCUAUGUUCACGGCAGCAUUACAGGAUGGGCUCCUUCACACCGAUCUCACUACUCAUCCCCCGGAUACUUUUGAAGAAGCGAUGGUCCGGGCGGGGAGGUACGUGACCCUGGAAGAAAGAAAGGAGGAGAAGAAAGAAAAGACUCCUAAAGAAGAAGAGAAGACGGGGAAUAAGAAGCCGUUUAAAAAUAAGAAGCAGGGCUUCCCGGAUGGCCCAAAGGGCGCAAGUCCUGGGACCUCGGAGAAGCAUAAAUCUGCCAACCCGAAGGUCUGCAAUGUGGAAGACACUGGAAAAUGGUGCGCCUACCAUCGCAAGAAUGACCACAACACGGAAGAUUGCUAUACUCUGAAGAAUGAGAUGGCAAGGCUAAUCCACCGGGGUCAUCUGAAGAAAUUCGUACAAGAUGGCGAUGCAGGGAAUCCCGGGAAUGCUCAAAAUGGAAAGCGCCGAGAUAAAGAAGUGGCCCAAGCUGAGGCCCGGGAGAAACGCCACAUCGGGCUUGAAGACGAAGAGGAAGAUUCGGAACGCGCACCGCAUCGCCAGAAGAGACACCAUGGGUGUAACUUCAUUAUUGGAGGGAAUACUGGCGGGGAUUCAGCCACCAGCCGGAAAAAAUGGGCUAACGCGGCGAUGGUCAACAAGGUGCUGGUCCUAGAAGGUAAGAAGCUGAAAACUGAGCCAAUUGUAUUUUCUAAUGCUGAUCUUCCAGAGACAGGGGUCCCUCAUAGGGACGCCCUAGUAAUUACUAUUGAUAUAAUGGACUUACUGAUCCACAAAACCCCUGUGGAUACAGGAAGCUCCAUUAAUAUCAUGUAUAUGGAUACAUACAAGGCUCUGGGUUUGACAAGAGAUGAAUUAUCACCCAUCAAGACUCCACUGACCGGGUUCACUGGUGACUCUAUUGAACCAGAGGGGGUAAUAACCCUCUCGGUUGAGAUAGGGGAUACUAAGGCUACCCGGAAGCUGGACAUGGAAUUUAUCGUGGUAGGGAUAAUCUCCAGCACGAACAGUAUCUUGGGCAGACCCGGAUUGGAAGAUUUAGAGUGUGUUAUCUCACCUCGUCACCUGUGCAUAAAAUUCCCAACCCCCCAUAGAGUUGGAAUUGCCAGGGGAUCUCAGAGAGUAUCCCGGGCAUGGUAUUUGAAAGCAGCCAAACAGCCGGUCAAGUACGAUACCCAAGUAGGAGAAGUGACUGCGCAACUCUUGAGGGCUGAGGAAAAACGUCCCAGAGUAGAAGUGGCUGGCGACAUUGAAGAAGUGGAAUUGGAGCCAGGCACGCUGGGAAGGUUGGUCAGGAUUGGCAAGGACCUGGGGGCUGAACUCAGAUCACGAGUGAUCUCAGUCCUUAGAAGGUUCAGAAGGGUCUUUGCGUGGAGUCCAGCUGAUAUGCCAUGGCUGGAUCACAAGAUAGCAGUUCAUCGCCUAAAUGUCCUGCCCGAUGCUAAACGAGUGAAGCAGAAACAAAGGCAUUUAUCACAGGAAAGAAGAGAUUUUGUAAAGAAGGAGGUAGCAACCCUGCAGAGCAUUGGGCAUAUCCAGGAGGCUCACCGGAUUAUUGUGCUCACCAAUGAGCCUUUGGCGUCACUUACUCGAAGCCCGGCGGCAUCUGCCCGGAUGACCAAGUGGGCGGUCUUUAUCAGUCAGUACAACGUGGAAUUCAGGCCGCGCCCAUCCAUCAAGGGGCAAGCACUCGCCGACUUUCAAGUCAAGUGCACCGCUAGAGAAAUGACAAGAGCCCAAGUUGAAACCCGGGUGGAGAAGGACUGGUGGAUAAUGAGCAUCGAUGGAUCUUCUGGGUCUCGAUCUUGCGGAGCAGGUAUCGUCUUGAUCACCCCAGAAAAUUUCCGGGUUUAUUACGCUAUCAGAUUUCAGUUCCGCGUGUCCAAUAAUGAAGCCGAAUAUGAGGCCCUGAUCAAUGGAUUGAAGAUUCUUAGUAAGAUGGGAGUAUCCAGGGUUCAGGUCUACAGCGACUCCCGACUAGUGGUGGGACAAAUCACAGGGGAAUUUGAAGCAAAGGAAGAAAGGAUGAAGAAGUAUCGGGACUUGUCCUUAAAGAUGUUGGGGAGGUUUGAGUUUAAGCUUGAACAUAUACCCCGGGCCCAGAAAGCAGAGGCCGAUGUUCUAUCCAAGCUCAGCGUAGAAUCACCGGAAUACAUAAGCAAAUUAGCAACUGUCGAAGAGCUGGUAACCCCGAGUCUUAGCAACAGUGAAGUGAUCUGGGUAUCAGCUGACCCCCCGGAAUGGCUGGACCGGUUGGCCAAAUAUAUUGAGGACGGUGAAGCCCUGGAGGAUCCCCAAGAAGCAUGUCUAUUACGAAUGAGGGCACCAACCUACAAGGUGCAGGAUGGAGUCCUCUAUAAGCGGUCUUACAAUGGUGUUCUACUCCGUUGCCUCAAAGCAGCAGAGGCAAAGGCACUGAUGGAAGAAAUACACGAAGGAGUAUGUGCUGCACAUCAGGGUCCUUAUUCCAUUUCUAGAAGGGCUAUCAUCCAGGGAUACUUCUGGCCAACAAUGAGGAAGGAUUGCGAAGAGUAUGUACGUAAGUGCCCGACCUGCCAGCAAUUCCAGAAUAUACCCGGGAGGCCAGCCACGAACUACACGCCCAUCAGCUCCGUGAUUCCCUUCUCAAGAUGGGGGAUUGAUCUUUUGGGAGCCCUGCCAAAAGGGGCAGGGCAAGCAAGGUGGAUUGUGGUGGCGAUAGAUUAUUUCAAGAAGUGGGUGGAAGCUAAGCCACUUGCAGGGAUCACCGGAAGGCAGAUGAUCGACUUUGUCGGAGCCAAUAUACUCUGCAGGUUUGGGGUCCCAAAGCAGAUCAUAUCCGAUAAUGGAACCCAGUUUGAGGAAGCAGAGUUUCAAGACUUUCUCAAAACCUGGGGAAUUCAGCACACGAAGGUGUCUGUUGCGUACCCACAUGCUAAUGGACAAGUGGAGAACGUCAACAGAACAAUCAUAGACGGAAUAAAGAAGAAGCUACUUUCAGAAGGAAGCAAAUCGGUAGAUGAACUACCCAGAAUCCUGUGGACAUACACGACGACUCCAAGGAGAGCCACGGGUGACACUCCUUUUGGCUUGGCUUAUGGUUUUGAAGCCCGAGCUCCCGCUGAGGUAGUAAUCCCCACCAGGAGAGAAAUGAAAUAUGACCCAGAGGUGAACGAACAGAAUCAGGCCGUAGAGCUGAAUUUCGUAGAAGAACGAAGGGAUGAAGCACGGAUCCGGGCAGAGAACUAUCGUCGCCAGGUUAAAUCUUACUUUGAUAGCAAGGUGAAACCGAGGCCAUUCCAGGUAGGGGAUUAUGUUCUGAGGAAACGAGAGAAAAGUCAACCAACUAAGGGUGGGAAGCUGGCUAAGAAGUAUGAAGGACCUUAUAUCAUCAAGGCCGUUGUUCGCCCAGGUACCUACAAGUUGGUGACUCCCAAGGGAAAAGAAAUUGAUAGGACAUGGAAUGUAGAGCACUUGGUCAAAUUUUAUCAGUGAAUCAUUUUGUAAAAACGCUCUAUUUUUCAAUUUAAGAUGCUUGUUUCAGUAAAACUUUUCUUUUAAUGCCAAGUGCCUUUGCAAUUUCAUUGUUCUAUAGAUUUCUUAAAAAAAAAGGGGGGGGGGGAAAGCACCCCCGGGCGAUAUAGACCCGCAUUACAGGGAGGUAGAAAAGUUUAUGCCACCUGCUAAAAAUAGGGGAGGUAGAUAAGUUUAUGCCCCCCGGAGGUAGAGAAGUUUAUGCCUCCGACAAAAAUGAAGGAAGGGUUGGGAU